AUGGUCAAAAGGGCAAAAGCCGCUCCGCCCACCUCGGCUUUGAAAAACGGCGGCAGCGGCGGCGUUUACUGCGUGAUCCUAGAACGGAGUGACAGUGACUGUGACUGUCCCCGGAGCGGCUCCAGCCCAGCUGCUUCCAAGGCCGAUCUCCGAAAGGAUUUUCCAGCAGUCCUGCAGUGUCGGGAGCAAGGGGCUGAUUGUUCCAAGCAGAGAGAUGCCGGCUGUGAGCUGGAGCAGAGUGAAUUCUGCUCCAUCCAUGGGCCUGUGAAGGAGCUCCUGCAUCUCCAGGAGGGACCAGUAGCCGGGCUGACACAAUUGCCAGGGACACAAGAAGCCACUUGUGAGCGUGCAGUUAGUGAAGAUGUGGAGAAUGGAAUCAGCAGCAGUGAAGGCAGUGUGAGGGAGCCCCUGGGUCCCCAGGGCACAUCAGCACCCGGCCAUGGACACAGAAGCAUCCUCAGAAGAUUGCCGGCCAAGGGGUUCAGCUGCCAUCCCGUGCACAUCUUGGUGCUGAUCCUGCUCCUGUCGCUGCUGCUGGCGUUGGCGGUGGCCUUGGCUGUGCAGUCAGCACCACAGGUUCCAGUUCCACCUGCGACUCCGCUCUUGUCUCUGGGCUGUCCCCAUGGCUGGGUUGGAUACAAUGGAUUCUGCUACUACUUCUCCAGGGAUCAGGGCACCUGGGAGCAGGGUCAGGAGCGGUGCUCCGAGCUCGGGGCCUCCCUGGCCAUUCUGAAGGAUGAGGAAAUGGAUUUGUUCUUCCGCCUCCGCGGGAACGUCGAUUACUGGCUCGGGCUGCGCAGACGGGGCGAGCACCUGCAGUGGGGGGACGGCAGCAGCUUCAGCUCCUCGGUUCCUGUCCUUGGCAAUUCCGAGUGUGUGUACCUGGCUGACCAUAAAUUCAGGAGUGAGAGCUGCUCCAAUCCGCAGCCGUAUCGGUGCAGCAAGGCCCGAGCUCCCCUGUAACAGGGGCUGGAGAAAGGAGCUUCUCCACACUGGGCAGUCCCAACUUCACCUCUUAGCUCUUGAAAGGCAUCACCAGCUGGACUGAAGGUUAGAUUUUUGGACUGUCCUUGGAAGAGGAAGAAGAACAGCUGACAUUGCUUCCUGAGUAGGAAUCCCACUUUAGGCAUCAGACACCUGAAUGUGAAGGGUGGUCUCUCUGUCUGUCUCUCUGUUGCGGAGAAUCUUACUGUUCUCUGUGGCAGGAGAGCCACCGUGGGGCAGGAUAAGGAUUUGUCUCUCUGAGGGGCAAACAGUGACACGAUGUGACUGUAACCCCCAUCCCUCUUUGGAGUGUGUGAAACAGAGGCCUCUCUGAAUUCUCCAGAGAGAGAGAUCAGAGUGCAGGGAUUGAAUUAAAACCUUUUGAUGGACUAAUGUGUAUUAAGCCACUCAUA